AUGGGCCAACCCCACCUCUGCCAAUUUCCAAGGUUUCAGGCGUGGCACGUUUCCGUGAACCUGGAGAUGCUACUAAGAUUGAAUCCCAUACUCAAACUCAUACAGAUCCGACUAUGGAGAUCUAAACGGGAGUCGCUAAAACUCCAGCUUGAUGUAUUUGCAGAGAUGCCAGACCAGCCAGGAAAAAUGAAAUAG